GGGAGGAGGGGCGGUGGCGAAUGCUGGGAGACUCCGACGGGCGCCACGCUAACGCCGGGACCUGCCUCCGAGGGUCCCCGCCAGGUGUGUCCGCCUGUUGCCUCCUGCCCUCUUCGCUGGCCUCCGGUCCUUGAGGGAGAGCCCGCCAAGUCUGAGAUCCCGGCCUCGGUCUCCGCCGGCUCCCGCCAGCCUGAGGCCCGGUCUCUGGUGACGGCGCGCCCCGCUCUUGGUUUCGGGCCCGGCGGAACGACGCCUGGCCUCCGGACUCCUGCGGUGAUCGCGCCCGUCCGCACCCGCCGACGUUGCCGCUGCCGAGCGGGGGCUGCCCCGAGGCUCACGACAGGGCGUCCUGCCGGGGCGUCGCAGCCGGGCUGUAACCGGACUUGAGGUCAGGAGACCUUCAGACCCCGGUGCACAAAGAGGAUGAAGUUAAAGGAAAUAGAUCGUACAGCCAUGCAGGCAUGGAGCCCUGCCCAGAAUCACCCCAUUUACCUGGCUACAGGAACAUCUGCUCAGCAAUUGGAUGCAACAUUUAGUACCAAUGCUUCCCUGGAGAUAUUUGAAUUAGACCUUUCUGAUCCCUCCUUGGAUAUGAAAUCGUGUGCCACUUUCUCCUCUUCCCACAGGUACCACAAGUUAAUUUGGGGGCCUUAUAAAAUGGAUUCCAAAGGAGAUGUCUCUGGAGUUCUGAUUGCAGGUGGUGAAAAUGGAAACAUUAUUCUUUAUGAUCCUUCUAAAAUUAUAGCCGGAGACAAGGAAGUUGUGAUUGCCCAGAAUGACAAGCAUACUGGCCCCGUGAGAGCCUUGGAUGUGAACAUUUUCCAGAUGCAUUGCUCUGGGUUGGCGUGGCAUCCCGAUGUUGCUACUCAGAUGGUCCUUGCCUCUGAGGAUGACCGCUUACCAGUGAUCCAGAUGUGGGAUCUUCGAUUCGCCUCCUCUCCGCUUCGUGUCCUGGAAAACCAUGCCAGGGGGAUUUUGGCAAUUGCUUGGAGCAUGGCAGAUCCUGAAUUGUUACUGAGCUGCGGAAAAGACGCUAAGAUUCUCUGCUCCAACCCAAACACAGGAGAGGUGUUAUAUGAACUUCCCACCAACACACAGUGGUGCUUUGAUAUUCAGUGGUGUCCCCGAAAUCCUGCUGUCCUGUCAGCUGCUUCUUUUGAUGGACGUAUCAGUGUUUAUUCUAUCAUGGGAGGGAGCACAGAUGGUUUAAGGCAGAAACAAGUUGACAAGCUUUCAUCAUCUUUUGGAAAUCUUGAUCCCUUUGGCACAGGACAGCCCCUUCCUCCAUUACAAAUUCCACAGCAGACAGCUCAGCACAGCAUGGUGCUGCCUCUGAAGAAGCCGCCCAAGUGGAUCCGAAGGCCCGUCGGUGCUUCUUUCUCAUUUGGAGGCAAACUGGUUACGUUUGAGAGUGUCAGAGUGCCGUCUCAGCAGGGGGCUGAGCAGCAGCAGCAGCAGCUCGUGUUCAUUAGUCAGGUCGUCACAGAAAAGGAGUUCCUCAGCCGGUCAGACCAGCUCCAGCAGGUCGUGCGGUCCCAAGGAUACGUUGCUUAUUGCCAGAAAAAAAUUGAUGCUUCGCAGAUUGAGUUUGAGAAAAAUGUCUGGUCCUUUUUGAAGGUAAACUUUGAGGAUGAUUCUCGUGGAAAAUACCUUGAACUUCUAGGAUACAGAAAAGAAGACCUAGGAAAGAAGAUUGCUUUGGCCUUGAACAAGGUGGAUGGAGCUGAUGUGCGCAUUAAAGAGGAAAAACAAGAAUCCGAAUUUCUACCAUCAGCUGGAGGGACAUUUAAUAUUUCCAUCAGUGGGGAUAUUGAUGGCUUAAUUACUCAGGCUUUGCUGACGGGUAAUUUUGAGAGUGCCGUUGACCUUUGUUUACAUGAUAACCGCAUGGCUGAUGCCAUUAUAUUGGCCAUAGCAGGUGGACAAGAACUCUUGGCUCAGACCCAGAAAAAAUACUUUGCAAAAUCCCAAAGCAAAAUUACCAGGCUUAUCACUGCAGUGGUGAUGAAGAACUGGAAAGAGAUCGUUGAGUCUUGUGAUCUUAAAAAUUGGAGAGAGGCUUUAGCUGCAGUAUUGACUUAUGCUAAACCAGAUGAAUUUUCAGCCCUUUGUGUUACUACUUCAGAUCUGUCUGAUCUGUCAGUCAUUCAGAAUGUGUUGCUCAGAAAACAUGGCGUUCUUACAGGAGAAAAUCCUCCACCCCCGGGUUUCCUCAUGCACGGAAACAUUAACCCGAACGCUGCUGCUCAGCGUCCCACAUCUCCAGGUCACGUGCACACCCAGGGACCACCGUACCCACAGCCACAGCCUUGUCAACCAGCCCAGCAGUAUUCCUUCGGAACAGGGGGGUCAGCAAUGUACCGACCUCAGCAGCCCGUUGCUCCUCCUGCUUCGAACGCUUACCCUAACACCCCUUACGCACCUUCUGCUGCUUCCUAUUCUGGGCAGUCUCAGCUGUAUGCAGCUCAGCACCAGGCCUCUUCGCCCAACUCCAGCCCUGCUCCUGCUUUCCCUCCUCCCCCUUCCUCUGGAGCAUCCUUCCAGCAUGGCGGGCCAGGAGCUCCACCGUCAUCUUCAGCUUACGCCCUGCCUCCUGGAACAACAGGUACACUGCCUGCUGCCAGCGAGCUGCCUGCGUCCCAAAGAACAGGUCUGCGCUUGAAAGGGAUAUGGUUUGGCUCCCUGCUUUAUUUUUUCACGAACAGAUGGGUGGAUGGAGGGCUGUUAUUUGUGGUUGCAAACUGCAUACUGUAUGGGUCAAUGCCUGAAAACUUCAUGCCCCCCGUUCCUAUCACAUCACCAAUCAUGAACCCUUUGGGCGACCCCCAGUCACAGAUGCUGCAGCAGCAGCCGUCGGCGCCAGUACCGCUGUCAGGCCAAGCUUCCUUCCCGCAGCCACAUCUCCCGGGUGGCCAGCCCUUCCACGGCCUACAGCAGCCUCUCAGCCAAGCAGGCCUGCCGCCAGCUUUCUCAAAGCCCAGCAUCGAAGGCGCCCCGGGGGCCCCUAUUGGAAAUACCAUCCAGGUAACAGUAAAUCUGCGGAAGUGGAAUGGGGAGAUGGCUCUGUUUCCGUACAUUUCCUUUAAUAUGCUAACUUUUAUGAUUGCACCAUUAUUAAUUAAUGAACAUCUAAAUUUGCAAACCAAGAGGAAGCUAGAUGAUGCCAGCAAACGUUUGGAGUUUCUAUAUGAUAAACUUAGGGAACAGACACUUUCACCAACAAUCACCAGUGGCUUACACAGCAUUGCCAGGAGCAUUGAAACACGGAACUACUCGGAAGGAUUGACCAUCCACACCCACAUAGUGAGCACCAGCAACUUCAGUGAGACCUCUGCUUUCAUGCCUGUUCUCAAAGUUGUUCUCACCCAGGCCAAUAAGCUCGGUGUCUAAAAGCACAGCUUCACUCCCAUUCAAUAUUGCCAUCUUUCCAAAGAAACAUCUUUAAAAAAAAAAAUGAUAAAACAUGGACCAAUCCUCAUUAGCAUGUUUCCGUAGCAGCCAGUCAAGAGCAUUUACACUAUUUCUGCAGAUAUACUCACCUUAGAACUGCUCAAAACCCUGGUGCUUUCUUUUUGUUUUAGUCUUGGUUGCCCAUGAUGAUUUUCCUACUCUGCAAGUAGUGUAUUUCCUGGAUUACACAUGGUAUGGUUUCCUGAAGCAUUCUGAUAAGAUACGGUUUUUAAAACCUCAGUAUACUUUUUAGAAAGGGAGCAUCUGGUUGUGCAUAAGGCAGAGCUAAAACUAAAUUUCUUUCACGUCUUCCCUGCUUCCUCCACGUCAAUCAGAUUAAAGUGUGUAAUCCUA